GUUGUGCAGUAUCCAGGCUAGUGACAGAGCUGCCUGCGUGGGGCCGGGGAGCCCAGUGCCACGAGGGAUUCACAGGACUCCCCUGCUUCCCGGGAGCUAGGGCUGCAGACACCACCGCCCCUGCCUGCUGUGGGGGGGAGAGGAGCCGGCUCUCUGCAGCUCGUGCCAUGGGCUUGGGGAUGGAGCUGUGCAGCCCCCAGGCACACAGCGCCCUGCUGCGGCUGCAGGACUCUGAGCUGCGGCUCCUGGAGCUGAUGAAGAAGUGGAUGGUGCAGCGAGCCAAGAGCGACAGGGAGUACGCGGCCCUGCUGCACAACACAUUCUGCCAGCUGGAGAAGCAGGAGGGCUUCGGGCAGCCCCUGCCAGGAGACUACAGAAGCCAGAUCAGUGAGUCCUGGUGGGUGCUGGCGAACCAGACGGAGGUGCUGAGCCAGAUCCUGCGGCGCCAUGCAGAGGACCUGGCCGCCGGGCCCCUGAGCAAGCUGAGCCUGCUUAUCCGCGACAAGCAGCGGCUCCGCAAGGCCUACAGCGAGCAGUGGCAGCAGCUGAGCCAGGACUAUGUCAGGACAAACCAGCAGGAGCUGGAGAAGCUGAAGUCGCAGUACCGGAGCCUGGCCCGGGACAGUGCCCAGGCCAAGCGCAAGUUCCAGGAGGCCAGCAAAGACAAGGACCGGGACAAGGCCAAGGACAAGUACGUGCGGAGCCUGUGGAAGCUCUACGCCCUGCACAACCAGUACGUGCUGGCCCUCAAGGCUGCCGAGCUGCACCAUACGCUGCACUUCCAGCAGGCACUGCCCGCCCUGCACCGCUCCCUGCAUGGCCUGCACCAGGAGAUGGCGCUUGUCCUGAAGGAGAUCCUGCAGGAGUACGCCGAGGUCAGCAGCCUGGUUCAGGAGGAGGUGGGCUCCGUGCACCAGGAGAUCACCCGCGCCAUCCAGGCGAUCGAUCCCGCGACAGAAUACGACAGCUUCCUCCAGCAGCACAGGUGUGUGAGCGAGAUCCCGCCCACGGUGACCUUCGACGAGAGCCUGCUGGAGGAGAGCGAGAACCUGGAGGCCGACGAGCUGCAGCUGAAUGAGCUGACAAUAGAGAGCGUGCAGCACACCCUGACGGCCAUGGAGGAGGAACUAGCCACUGCCACGCAGAUCAUGAGCAGCAAAGGGCAGCGUGUCCAGGACCUGCAGGCCGAGCUCCUGGGCGAGGAGCAGAGCGUGGGGCCCCGGGAGCGGGUGCACCUGCUGGGGAAGCGCCAGGCUCUGCAGGAGGCGCAGCUGCAUUUCCAGGUCUCCCUGUGCGCCCAGGCCAAGCUGCAAGCCCAGCGGGACGUACUGCACCACAAGCUGGACCAGCUGGGCUCCCGCACCCCCCGUCCAGGCCUGCCCCUGCAGGACGACAGGAACUCCCUCUCCUCCACGGAGCAGGAGCAGGAGCGCCCAGGAGCCAGCGCGUUGGAGACCCUCAGGAAUCACAUCUCGGGCAUCUUCCGCCCCAAGUACUCAGUGCCGCCCCCCCUGCCGCUCCUCCCCGAAGUGCAGAAGCCCCUGUGCCAGCAGACCUGGUACCACGGCGCCAUCCCCCGGGCGGAGGUGCAGGAGCUGCUGCUCCACAGCGGGGACUUCUUGGUGCGGGAGAGCCAGGGCAAGCAGGAGCACGUGCUGAGUGUGCUGUGGGACGGGCUGCCCCGGCACUUCAUCAUCCAGGCCUGCGACGACAUGUACCGUCUGGAGGGCGAGGGCUUCUGCACCAUCCCGCUGCUCAUCGACCAUUUCCUGCAGACCCAGCAGCCCGUCACCAAGAAGAGCGGAAUCAUCCUGGCCAAGCCCAUCCCCAAGGACAAAUGGGUGCUGAACCAUGAGGACGUGGUGCUGGGCGAGCGCAUCGGGCGGGGUAACUUUGGGGAGGUGUUCAGCGGCCGCCUGCUCACUGACAACACCCCAGUGGCUGUGAAGUCCUGCCGCGAAACCCUCCCGCCGGAGCUCAAGGCCAAAUUCCUGCAGGAAGCCAGGAUCCUGAAGCAGUACAGCCACCCCAACAUUGUCAAGCUCAUUGGCGUCUGCACCCAGAAGCAGCCCAUCUACAUCGUCAUGGAGCUGGUGCAGGGAGGGGACUUCCUGACCUUCCUGCGCAGCGAGGGGCUGCAGCUGAAGGCGAAGGAGCUGCUCAAGAUGACGGCGAAUGCUGCUGCUGGGAUGGAGUACCUGGAAAGCAAGCACUGCAUCCACAGGGACCUCGCAGCUCGCAACUGCCUGGUGACGGAGAAGAACUCGCUGAAGAUCAGUGACUUUGGGAUGUCGCGGGAGGAGGAGGACGGGGUCUAUGCCUCCACAGGAGGCUUGAAGCAGAUUCCUGUGAAAUGGACAGCGCCAGAGGCACUGAAUUACGGCCGCUACUCCUCAGAGAGCGAUGUCUGGAGCUUCGGGAUCUUGCUGUGGGAAGCCUUCAGCCUCGGCGCCACCCCCUAUUCCCACCUGAGCAACACCCAGACGCGCGAAGCCAUUGAGCAAGGGGUGCGGCUGGACCCCCCCAAGCAGUGUCCUGAGGACGUGUACAGGCUGAUGCAGCGGUGCUGGGAGUACGAUCCCCGGAAACGGCCCAGCUUCAGCACCGUUCACCAGGAGCUCGUCAGCAUCCGCAAGAGGCAGCGGUACCUGGGGGCUCGGCCUAGCCUGGCUCCUGUGCCCGGGGGCAUGGGGCUGGCAGGCGGAAGAAGAUUCUGCAGCCCAGAGACCUGUGCCCAGAGCCCCACCUUGCCGGGGCACCAGUUACUCAGACCAGCAGUCCACAGGGAGCCCGUCACUGCGGGGCUGGGCCGCUGGCCCCCCUGGAGCUAGAUACAUGCCUGUGGCUGAUGCACGCACCAGGCAGGGAGCCGUGUGUACCGACAGCCCAUCCCAGUCUCUGGCUGGUACCUGGUCUGUAUCACACUCCCAGGAAUGGCGCAUGCAAACUGGGUGGGCAGCUACACCCACGUGAUGCUAGAAAUCCAGCUCUGGCCGUGCCAGCCAGCAGCACGGGCUGUGCCCCUCACUAAGACUGCUGCGUUCAGCUCUAGGCACCAGAAAUGGCUCUGGCAGGAGCCAGGAAGUCCCUUGCUGGGCACGGCAUGGGCAUCUUGUGUCCUAGGCAGGGCCUUGCCCUCCGUGCUGCCAAGGACUCCCCAGGGCCCGGAGCCGGCCAACCCCAACAUUUACCAAUGUUCCGGAUUCCGUGUGUGGCCACAGCACCAGUGGCCCUGGCCAGGGCCGCACUGUGCCAGGCCUGUAGAGACACAGAGCCAAGAGAUGGCCCUGCCCCACAGAGCUACAAUCAGAGCGCAGCAGGGAUGACAGGUGCGUGCCGUGAUGAGCGUGAAGCUUGGUAAGAUUUGUAUGUUUCCAAUGCAUGCCUCAGUUUCCCGCUGUGCUUUGUACUGCUGUGCUGUCACAGAUCCACAGGAUCUCUUCUAUGCCUCUGCUAUUAAACAGCCCCUUGGAAUCA